UUGUACAUGUGGGCGAUUACCGGCUGUAGAAGCGAAGAAGAUCUUUCUGCUGAAAUAUUAAUAAACCGUUGACAAUAUAGCGCCGAUAGCAACUACGAUGAAUCCAGAAACUACUUUACAACUUAUUCAAAUAUUAGAGAAGACUGUUUCACCAGAUAAAAGUGAAUUGGAGGCAGCGCAGAAUUAUUUGGAGCAAGCAGCACAAAAUAAUUUGCCUGAAUUUGUGAAGACCUUAUCAGACAUACUUUACCAUGGUGGAAAUAGCCCUGUGGCACGAAUGGCAGCAGGCCUGCAACUCAAGAAUACACUUACAUCGAAGGAUGCUGCUGUUAAAACGCAAUAUCAGCAGCGCUGGCUUUCCUUUCCAGAGGAAACCAGAGCUUAUAUCAAGAAAAAUAUCCUAGCUGCUCUUGGUACCGAAAAUAAUAGGCCAAGUUCAGCCGCACAGUGUGUAGCAUAUGUAGCUGUAGCAGAGCUCCCUGUUGGCCAGUGGCCGGAAGUAAUACAAGUGAUGGUGAACAAUGUCAUCAGCCCAACAAGUACAGAGAUGAUGAAGGAAGCAACACUAGAAGGCAUUGGUUACAUCUGCCAGGAUAUUGAACACGAAGUUCUGGUGGCCCAGUCGAAUCAGAUAUUGACUGCCAUCAUUCAUGGAAUGCGUCAGAACGAACCAAGCAACCAUGUUCGAUUAGCUGCAACAACUGCCCUUCUUAAUUCCUUGGAAUUCACUAGAGCUAAUUUUGAUAAAGAGUCUGAACGUAACUAUAUAAUGGAGGUAGUUUGUGAGGCUACGCAGUCCACAGACACACAGGUACGAGUUGCAGCACUGCAAUGCCUGGUGAAGAUUAUGUCUCUAUACUACCAGUAUAUGGAAACAUAUAUGGGGCAAGCACUGUUCCCCAUCACUUUGGAAGCUAUGAAGUCGGAUAUCGAUGAUGUUGCGUUACAAGGCAUUGAAUUCUGGUCCAAUGUGAGUGAUGAGGAAGUUGACUUGGCCAUAGAGGACAGUGAAGCAGCGGAAGCUGGACGGCCACCUCAGAGGACUUCAAGGUUUUAUGCCAAAGGAGCGCUGCAGUUCCUUGUUCCUGUUCUAAUGCAGAAACUUACAAAGCAGGAAGAAUAUGAUGAUGAAGAUGAUUGGAACCCCAGCAAAGCGGCAGGUGUAUGUCUCAUGCUCCUGGCUACAUGCUGUGAAGAUGACAUUGUGCCAUUUGUUCUCCCCUUUGUCAAAGACAAUAUCAAAAGUGCUGAUUGGAGGUUCAGGGAUGCUGCACUCAUGGCUUUUGGCUCAGUUCUUGGUGGAUUGGAACCGACUACCUUGAAACCACUAGUAGAACAGGCAAUGCCAACACUGAUAGAGUCUAUGUAUGAUAGUAGUGUUGUGGUGAGGGAUACAGCAGCAUGGACAUUUGGCCGUGUGUGUGAGAUUAUCCCUGAGGCAGCCAUAAAUGAGACCUACCUAAAACCACUUCUGGAGAGUCUGGUCAAUGGAUUGAAGGCAGAACCCAGAGUAGCAGCAAAUGUAUGCUGGGCAUUUACUGGCCUGGCAGAGGCAAGCUAUGAGCAGGCAGAAGGAAGUGAGGAUCAGUCACAGCCUGAGACCUACUGCUUGUCGCAGUACUUUGAGUUCAUUGUGCAGAGGCUGCUAGAGACAACAGACAGGCCUGAUGGAGCACAGGCUAAUCUCCGAUCAGCAGCAUAUGAAGCUUUGAUGGAAAUGGUAAAAAACUCUCCUCGGGACUGCUAUGUGACUGUGCAGAAGACCACAAUGGUUAUACUGGAGCGGCUGCAACAAGUGCUGCAGAUGGAAACGCACAUUCAGAGUCACAAUGACCGAGCACAGUACAAUGACCUGCAAAGCCUCCUCUGUGCAACAUUGCAGAGUGUGUUGAGAAAGGUGACCCCAGAGGAUGCACCGCAGAUCUCAGAUGCCAUCAUGACUGCUCUCCUUCAGAUGUUUAAUUCAAAUUCGUGCAAGGCAGGUGGCGUCCAAGAGGAUGCAUUAAUGGCAGUGUCCACAUUAGUGGAGGUGUUGGGAGAUGGCUUCCUCAAGUACAUGGAAGCAUUCAAGCCCUUCCUUUGUCUUGGUCUUAAGAACCAUGCUGAAUAUCAGGUGUGUGGUGCUGCAGUAGGUUUGACAGGAGAUAUCUGCCGAGCAUUGAAGAAUAAAGUUCUUCCUUAUUGUGAUGAGAUAAUGAUGCUGCUUCUUGAAAACCUUGGUGAUAAUACAGUUCAUCGAUCAGUGAAGCCUCAAAUCCUGUCUGUAUUUGGAGAUAUAGCCCUGAGUAUUGGUCCAGAGUUCAAGAAAUAUUUGGAUGUUGUCCUGCAGACAUUGGUACAGGCUUCACAAGCUCAAGUAGAUAGGACUGACUAUGACAUGAUUGACUACUUGAAUGAGCUGCGAGAAGGUGUGUUCGAGGCGUAUACUGGUAUUGUGCAGGGCUUGAAAGGUGAUGGAAGUACACCUAGUCCUGAUGUCCAGUUGCUGGAACCCCAUGUUCCAUUUAUGGUGCAGUUCAUCACAAUUGUAGCCCAGGACACUGAUCAUGCAGAUGGUAAUGUGGCAGGUUCUGCUGGCCUUGUAGGUGAUUUAUGCACUGCCUUUGGUGCUAAGAUGCUGCCCCUACUGGAUGUGGAACCUAUAAAUGAUUUGUUGACCCAGGGAAGACGUUCUCGGGUCUCUAAAACAAAGACAUUGGCUACGUGGGCUACAAAGGAGGUCCGCAAGCUCAAGUCAGCCGCCUCCAGCUGCACAGUGGGGCCUCCUGGAGAGUGAAGUGCUGCUCAUGGGAGGGAUGGAUUGUCUAGGCAUGCAUGAUCCGACUCAUAUUCUGUAAUCCCGGGUGAAGACGAUCGGAUGAGACACUUUCUCAAUAUUGUUAUUCCUACUUUUGGUUGUCUGCAAAUCCCCACUCCACUCUGAGGGCUCGUCCAGGGUGAAAGAGGCAGUGCAACAGAGCGAGCGAUUGAUUCCAAACAUAAAAAAGAACAGAAAAAAUAAAUCAUUAUAAAAAUAAAUAAAUCAGUGUGCACAUUGACUGGAAAAAAAGCAAAGUGUGUGCGAUCGAUGAGCGUGCGAGCGAGCGUGCACGUGUAGUGUAGUAGUGACUGACUGCUGGGUGUGAGAGGAGGGACGCAUAUGCUGCCAUGCGCGAGUGUGCUGUGCUGACUGCUGCGUGCGUAAUGAAGACUUCGGACCGACGGACGCAACGCAACAUGACCAAACUGCCGGAAGGCAGGUGAACGAACAAAGCAGGGCAGUAUGAGGAGGGAUGGAAGAAGAUGUGUGAGGAUCGCAUGAGACAGAUUCCAAUUCACCAACGCAUUUUAAUAGAAAAUGGAAAGAACUUGUCUACCGCCUUAAAGAAAAUUCCCAUUCGACACAUGUCAAUUUUUCCUCUGCUGAAUAUUCGGCACAUGUGUUUUUUCUUGCUCAGGAAAUUGUAUAAACUUUUUAAAAUGAUGUUUUCCAGCUGAGGGAAAGAAGGUAAUGUUGCAGUGCAACUGACAUAUCCUACUGGUCAAGUUUUUUUUUACCAAGAGUUGAAGUGCUUUGCCAACUAAAUAGAAAGGCACUUCACUCUGUUACCAGUACUAAUUGUGUAUUAUUUCAGAUGUUGAAAUUCCAAUGAUUGAAGUGCCUUUAGAAAAAAAUAAAGAUGGUGUGGAUCUUUGUUUCCAUUGGCUCAGACCUAAUUGAGAUAUUGGAGAGCCAGUUAUUAAAAUUGUAACCCAUUUGUAUAGGUCAGGUCAGUUCCCUGCCUUGGCCAGACUUCAGGGGUAAGUAAAAAGUAUUACGCAUUUAGUUUCCAAAUUUAAGAAUCAUGAAAUUUAAACUAACAACCUCAUUUAUUGUAAUGUAUUAUCAUAUUUUUGUAAACUUUGUUUAUUCGAUUUAGUCAAGUGUUUUGUGUAUGAUAUUGUUGAAAUUUCUUCCAAUUUUGAUGUUACGGAUGUUUAUUUUAUUAAUUUACAUCAUUUGUCUUUUCCAAGAUAUGGGAUAUUGUAACAUAAGAAGAUGGUGUGAAUGUGUGUGUGUGAGGUCACUGAUUUAUUCCAGCUGAUGUUUGUUGUAGUAACAACCACUGGUAAUCCUCAUUUCAGGUGACUUCACUAAAUAUGAAUCCAAGGUAACUUACUGACCUGAACCAAAAAGAAAAACAAAAAACUGUGAUAUGAGGAGGUCUGUUCAAAACAGCUGCAGAAUUGAGUUUAGGCAGUGAGGUGCAAGAUAUUGCAGCUACUUUUUGAAAACAUCUGUUAAGGCAGCCAUUAGUGCAGUCUUUGAUGCAGUGGCUUGGUGCAGACCGCCUCAUCUAUACCUGACUGAUGUGUGAUAAUUGCGUCCCUGUGUGCCUGUGAAUAAAUCACAUGCCAGCCGAAGUGUGUUCACAACCCUUCCAACGGCAUGGAAGUACGUAAUCUGCAUUGUAUCAAUGAGCUACUUGUAUUGUAUGCUUGUGAGCAUGAGAGUGUGUGAAUGUUUUAAACUUGGCAUUAAUAUGUAUAAGCAGUUCUGUUCCCAGCAACAGGAACAACAGACUGCGUAAACUUGGUGAUUCUUUCUAGUUGUGAGAGCGAAUGCUGGUGAAAGUGUGUGUAUGUGUUAAUUGUGUGCCAUGACAGAGUUAGUGUGCAAGCUUGUUUUGUCCCACCCAUUAAUUCUGUGUUCCUGCAAGUAAACAGCCUUCCCUAAUGUGGCCACUAAAAAGAAUCCUUAUCCCCAAAUCCUAUGCCUGUUGCUACUGCUGCUUGUUUAAAAGCCAAUGAUUAUUAAGAAAAAUCCCUAGGUUUAAUUAUAUAAGUUAUGUUAUUGAUACUAAACAUAUUCUUGACCAUCACUCGAAUUUGUUAUUCUGAAAGUGCAUCAUAAAAAUAAGAUGAAAACAUGUUGGCAACAUUCUGUAGCCUAAUUAUUGAGAGAGAAUUUUGGAAUACUCCAAUGCACUUUUUUUCGUAGGGUAAUAAGACAUAGUUCUGUAAUGCAGAUGAAUAAAAAUUAUCUUGAAGAGUUAGAUGUAUUUGAA